AAAACAGUUUGCCUCGAAGUUUGCAAAAGAAAUGAGCAGCUGGUUUCUGGCAGCAGCUGGCGCAAGUUGGCAAAUUUUCCCAUACCUCUCAUGCAUAUCUAAUAAUACGAGCCCUUCUCGGGCCUAACCCUGAACUUGCAUUGAAAAUCAAUAAUUCAUUAAACUCUUGACUAAAUUCAAAAACAAAACCGAAUUGUUAUAAACGUCUAACAUACAGCUCACACAGAUUUACGGGGGAAAUUGUGUAAUUUUGGUUGAAUGGCUGAUGAACUUCUCGAUCCAAUGGGACAUACCAUUGAUGAGAUACGACACAAUUUUGAGAUAUAUAAGCUACGCUGUGCCCGUUUGCUUCGCACGAACAAGUCGCAAGAUUCAGAGUUCCAAAUGGAUAAGGAGCUACAGGAUUUGCGUGCCGACUUACAGGAGUUGCGCUUGGAAAUGGGCGUUUUGCACGUACGGCAGUCCGAGCUUAUAGGCUGGCAGGAUGUUAAUGCAAUCGAGGAGUUGCCCUCGAGCAUUAAUGAAACAGAUCUACUUAAUAACCAGCAACCUGGUGAAGCUAUCGCUCAUAGCCGACAGCCACAGCAGGCGGAGUUAGAGGCUUGCCAGGAGAACCAACUACAGCGGGAGAAUCAGCUGGUCAUCAGUUGCGAAUCCAGUCCGUGUCUCUUUGACAAUUGCCGCAUGCACGUGGACAAUCAGCUGCUGUUGCUGCACUACCUCUGCGAUCACAAUGAGGAAACUUUCGCUUCCCAACGCUGCCACAAGCUGUGCGAGGGCCAGCGUGUCAUCAUCUCCUUUGACAGCAGAAACUGUCAGUUUAGACAGAAUCAUGUGAUUGGAUUACUCGCAUAUAUUGGCUCAUUGAUGCAGAAGCAGCAGCAACAGCAACUGCAAGAGAUGUGCAAUUCUUAUCUGCCCCAGGAGCAUGCUCGUCUGGCCAGCAACGUGCCGAUUGUGGUGCUCAUUUGCUUAACGGCUUCGAGUGCUGCAUUGCAGGAUAAGCUAAUCACACGCCACUCCUUGGCUCCGGCUAACGCCAACGAUCAAGUGUUUGUCAUUUGGCUAGCAAUGCAACAAGAUCUCCAGCUGCAGCUGCAACUGCAUGCCAGCCUGAACCUUUGUGGACGUGAUGCAGCCGUCCAGGCGCACACUCAGGUGGCCGUCUGUCAGGUACAACCCAGUGGAGGCACGAGCCGUUCUAUGACAGUGGAUGCCAACUAUUGGCGUCUAUCAUUCAGCGAGAUGCAAAAGAUAUCGAAUAAUUUUCGUGAUGAGCUGCAUCUGGAGAUUGUUCUCACUCAGCUUAGCGCCAAAUCGUGUCCUGAUUUCUGAAUAAAACCUGA